AUGUACAAGGGUGUGUGAACUAAAUUUCCCCAGACUUCUAAGUUAUAUGAAUUGUUGUCUAAAAGUAGGAUUUAUUGGUUUCAGUAAAUUCUCCUGGGUCUUGGUGAUUGUUUUGAUAGUAGAACUUGCCAGUCUCAUAACCUGUACCCCUUGCAUCUUCUUUUUUUUUCCCUUCAAUAUGCAUAUAUGCCUUGCUUCUCCUUUGGUGUAUGAACGAACAUCUAUUCUGUAUGUUGGAUAAUGUCUCUCUUAGAUUUUAUCUGUACUAUGAAUGUGCUAAAAUUCUAAAAAGUAGGUAUGCAACCUCUGUAUGCCCUACCUUCUUGUGAUGUUUAAUUUAGCGAUAUUAAUUUCAACAUCAUAGAAUAUGCUACAAACUGGCCUCAUUAUUGGCGGUUGGGACAAGUAUGAAGGAGGAAAAAUAUAUGGAGUGCCUCUUGGAGGAACAAUUUUGGAGCAGCCUUUUGCCAUUGGAGGAUCUGGCUCUACCUAUUUGUAUGGGUUUUUCGACCAAGAAUGGAGGGAUGGGAUGACCAAGGAUGAAGCUGAGAAAUUUGUGGUGAAGGCAGUCUCUCUUGCAAUUGCUCGAGAUGGUGCUAGCGGCGGAAUGGUUCGGACUGUUAGUAUAAAUUCGGAGGGGGUGACAAGAAAUUUCUACCCUGGUGACACCCUUCCAUUGUGGCAUGAAGAGCUGGAGCCCCAGAAUUCACUGCUGGAUUUAAUGUCAACCUCCAGUCCUGAACCAAUGACCCCAUUGGAUCCCAAAUAG